UCUUAGGGCGGGUGCGAUGACGUCCGGGGCUGGAGCAGCGGGCCACUCGCUCGCAUUCCGGGUGAUGCGGCUGUGCCGCCCCAGCUGCCAGGUAGAUCACCCCCUCCUCGUCGAUCCCAGCGACGUGUGCAAUGGUGAGGACUCGGUGAAUUUCAAGGAGCUGCUGCCGGGGCUUGUCAAUGGCAACGAUCCGGGCUUCUGGAAGCGAUUUGAGCUCCAGGAGCCCAUGGAUGCGAUGGGGCUCUCCGGGCAGCUUGUUCUUCCACAAACUUUCGGAUCGAUCUAUCUCGGAGAGACGUUUUGUAGCUACAUCAGUGUCGGGAAUCACACGAAUCACGAUGUGAGAGAUGUGAUCAUCAAAGCAGAGCUCCAGACUGAGCGUCAAAGGAUUAUUCUAAGCGACAACUCCAAGUCCCCGAUCGAGUCCAUCAGAGCGACUGGCCGAUUUGAUUUUAUCAUCGAGCACGACAUCAAAGAACUUGGAGGACAUACGCUUGUUUGCAUGGCAGUGUACACUGAUCCAGACGGUGAUCGUAAAUAUCUUCCGCAAUACUUCAAGUUCACGACCUCUAAUCCUGUUUCCGUCAGAACAAAGGUUAGAACAGUCAAGGAUACAACAUUUCUCGAGGCGUGCAUAGAAAACCAAACCAAGUCUCACCUCUUUAUGGACCAAGUUAGAUUUGAGCCUGCACCGCCUUGGAGUGUCACGACUUUGGAGAACGAGGAAGAAGCUAGUGAAUCAGAUGGUCCCAUCAGCGGCUAUAUCAAGAGCUUGAAACUGAUCAAUGGUAACGGCGGUGCUCGCCACUAUCUCUUUCAGCUAAAGAGGCCGCCAUUGGAAUCCUCAGACGUUAAGUUAGAAGGCGCAAAUGCCCUUGGGAAGCUUGAAAUACUGUGGAGGACAACUCUUGGCGAAACCGGUCGCCUUCAAACGCAACAAAUCAAUGGCAGUCCAACGCCGAAAAAGCCUUUGGACGUCAAGAUGACAAACUUGCCGCAGAGAAUUCUAAUAGAACGACCAUUUCUCGUUCGGAUGGAAGUUACAAACCGGUCAGAACAAUUCACUGGACCGCUAAGAGUUGUCAUGUCUGAGACCGAUGACAAUGGUACACCCAGGACAGUUCUCAUGAACGGACUCUUGAGCUUGAUGGUUCCUCCACUGGCCCCUCUCGCAUCGACCGAGCUGGAAGUUAACUUGGUGGCGGUAGCCGCAGGUGUGCAGCGAAUAGCGGGGAUUUGUCUAGUGGACGCACGAGACGGCAGACAAGUUGAGUUUGUGCCUCCAACCGAGGUAUUUGUGGAGGCAGAGUGAGUUUUUUCUUGCCUCCAUGUACAGCCAGGUACUGUUUAAAACGAUAAACUCUUUCUUCAAUCUGGAAAAUUCUAGUUUCCAUUAGAGAUGAUGUUAAUCAAUUGUGGUUUGUUCC